AUGGUCGAAACAAAAGAAAACAUUCUAGAUGAGUUGACUGCCAAGCUGGGAACGCUAGAAGCUUUGCUAGACUCGCUUGAGCGCAAUAAAGCACAGAGAUCGCCGCUGCCCUUCACAGUUGGUCUUCCAACUCCGUCAACGUCCGACAUUUCCAGCUCUUCAGAUUUUUCGACUUCUUCUUCAAAGCUGGGCUCGGCAAUCUGA